GAGGUUGAGCUGACAGGGUGGCUUAGAUUACCUGAGUGACGAGCUGAUUUCACUAAAUUCAGGGUCCCAUAUAUCAGAGGAUCGGUUGGCUUAAGUGUACUGCUUAUAAAUUAUUCACCAUCACCAGUCAUACUUCAUACGAGUAUUAUAGAUAUACCAUCAAUUGGAACUUAUAUUAGAUGAGUAUGUCGGGUGAGGAGAAGAGGGUGUGUGUGACGGGGGGAGGAGGGUACAUUGCUUCGUGGUUGGUUAAGCUUCUCCUCUCUAAGGGAUACGCCGUUCAUGCCACUAUUCGUGGAGACCCUGGAGAUGUGGUGAAGUAUGGUCACUUGAAGCGAAUGGUUGCAGAGGAGGAGGGGAAACUUGAGGUGCUGAAAGCUGACUUGUUGGACUACGACUCGUUGGUUGCGGCUAUUGCUGGCUGCACGGCCGUGUUCCAUGUUGCUUCUCCCGUGCCUUAUGGCCCUGUCCCCCCAACCCAUGCUCAGAAAGAACUGCUGGAGCCUGCUGUGACGGGGACACUGAAUGUGCUGAGGGUCUGCAGCAGUUCCGAGUCAAAUGUGAAGCGCGUAGUGAUUGUAUCUUCAGUGGCAGCUGUGUGCGAAAACCCUAAAUGGCCCCUUCAUAAACCAAAGGAUGAGACGAGUUGGUCUGAUGAGGACCACUGCACUCAAACAAAUAGUUCGUAUUGUCUUUCGAAAACAUUGGCAGAGAAAGAAGCAUUCCGGUAUGCACAAGAAACAAGCCUUGAUGUCAUUUCCCUUUGCCCAUCACUUGUUUUCGGCCCAAUCUUGCAGCAGACACCCAAUGCUAGCACCUCAGUUCUCCUUCGUCUUUUGAAAGCAGAGGGACAAACAGUUGACAACAAGACACGUAUUGUGGUAGAUGUGCGCGAUGUUGCUGAAGCACUGGUUCUCAUCUACGAGAGGCCCGAGGCUGAGGGUCGAUACAUAUGCAACGCGCACACAGUAAGUGUUGGGGAGAUUGUUGAGAUGUUGAAGACAAUGUAUCCGAACUAUAAUUACCCCAAAAGCUUCAGCACGACGAGAGAAGGGGAGAAUGACAGGGUGAGUUCACAAAGGUUGCAGGGGCUGGGCUGGUCUUAUAGACCACUUGAAGAAACUCUCAGAGAUUCUGUAGAGAGCUACACACGAGCUGGCCUCCUGGAUUGACUGAAUAUCUCCUCCUUAAUCUUUGGACCUUAAUGCACAUUGAUUCUCUCUGGACUCUGAAACUAAUGAUGGGAUAAAACGGGUGCUUAUAU